AUGGCGUUCUCGAACAACCCUCUGGUGUGCGCGCCAUUAGAAUGUGAAACAACCGAAGAAAUGGAAGCUUCAAUGGAGAAAGCAAAAUCAGAGGGUGCAAACAUCGUUGAACUAUGCAUCGAUGCCUUAUCACCCAUUCACAUCCCUCACCUUCGAACUCUCUUUAAGAUAAGAACUCUCCCUGCAAUUGUCUCUCUCAGAGUCCAAUCAUCAGAUAUUAUAAGCACAACUCACAGUAAGGCUACAUACUUGGAAGUAAUGAGACUGGCAUUGGAAUUAGAGUUGGAAUUUGUUGAAGUGGAUUAUGAGAUGACUGCUGAAAUAAGCAUUUUCGAAUAUAAACUUCUUCAUCCCAAUAGCAAAUUUAUUGUAUCAAGCUAUGUGAAUGGAGGGAACUCGUCAGCUGAGACACUAGGGGAUCUAAUUGCACGGAUGCAAAUUACAGGAGCUGAUGCUAUCAAACUCAAAAUUGAUGUCAAUUAUAUCACAGACUUAGUACCAAUUUUUCGGAUGCUCACACAUAGCCAGGUUCCCCUCAUUGCUAUUGCAGUGGGAAGCAGAGGCUUAAUAUGCCAAUUACUGGGGCCAAAAUUUGGUGGAUUUUUGGUGUAUGGAUCUCUGGAGGACAAACCCAUACCCGGCCUGCCAACACUAGUCAGCCUCAAGCAUGUUUACAAAUUGGAAUAUGUGAACGCUGAUACCAAAGUUUUUGGUCUUGUAUCAAAUCCAGUAGGUCAUAGUAGAGGGCCCAUUUUGCAUAACCCUGCCUUGAGAUUUUCAGGAUAUAAUGGAAUUUAUGUACCAAUGCUUGUGGAUGACAUUAAAGAGUUCUUUUGUACUUACACAAGCAUGGACUUCGCAGGCUUCAGUGUUGGAAUCCCUCAUAAAGAGGCAGCAGUUGAUUGUUGUGAUGAAGUCCAUCCACUUGCCAAGUCCAUUGGAGCUGUAAAUACUAUAAUAAGGAGACCUGUUGAUGGAAAGCUGAUUGGCUACAAUACAGAUUGUGAUGCUUCUAUCACUGCAAUAGAGGACGCAAUGAGAGAGAGACAAGGUAUAAAUGGGGAAGCAUCACAUAGAUCCCCAAUUGCAGGGAAAAUCUUUGUUUUGAUUGGAGCAGGAGGUGCUGGAAGGGCACUUGCCUAUGGUGCAAAAAGCAAGGGGGCUCGAGUUGUCAUUUUCAAUCGUAACUAUGAGAGAGCCAGAGCUCUUGCACAUGCAAUGUCAGGGGAAGCUCUACCAUAUGAAUACUUGGAUACAUUCUCCCCAGAAAGCAGAAUGAUCUUAGCAAAUGCAUCUUCUGUGGGAAUGGAACCAAAUUCAAAUGAAAGUCCUAUAAUAAAGGAUGCCUUGAGAUCAUAUGAGCUAGUUUUUGAUGCUGUUUACACACCCAGAAAUACAAGGCUCUUGCAAGAGGCUUCCGAGGUUGGAGCCAUUGUGGUGAGUGGAGUUGAAAUGUUCAUUAGACAGGCUCUUGACCAAUUUCGACUAUUUACAGGAGGAUUAGCUCCAGAAGAUUUCAUGCGCAAGCUUAUUCUCGAAAAUUUUUGA